AUUUUCUUGUCCAAACAUGCAGACGAAGUUUUGUUUUUGAAGUGAAGGUCAAGCCAUGAAACGUCUUUUUCUUGCUUAAUUCCGUCUGUUACGAGGGAGUAUACGGCGAGAACAUGUCGGGGAAGCUGAGACAACACGUUAGGGAGCUUAUAGAUCAGAAGGAGUGGAAGGAACUGGAAGAUUUGCUGCUAAAUACGGAAGAUGAGUGGAUUAUGGAGAUUUUGGAGCGUCUCACUAGGAGCUCAGAGGGACCAAAGAUGGUGGGAGGCCUGCUUAUGUCCCUUUCCUGUGACACUCGAGAGAGCACGUCUCUGAGGCUCAAGAUCUACGAAUACAUCCUGGAGAGAGUGCGCACCAAUGAAGAUAACAACAAGAGGGGUGCGGGCGAGAUGGUCGGAGUCCUCAUGAUGCAUGUUGAUGUUUUCCCGAACAACGUAAUCAUCAAGCUCGUCAACCAUUAUGUGGAGCACGUCCAGAAUGGUUCCUCUCUCCAAGGAAGGUGGGUGGAUCUCCUGGCCAAGUUGAUCACCAGUUUAAGCCAAAAGGAGGAGAUCACAGUGUCGGGGAAAGAGAUGAGUGGGGAAGACUACAGGUAUCAAGUGCUCAAGUCCUUCUGCGAUCUCCCUUGGUCUGCGGAAACCACCAUAAGUCUCCUGCCAGUUUUCAGAGACAUAGACCUGCCAAAGGAAGAGUUACAAGAUGUUGUUUACAAAGUGGAACAUGUUCUCAAGAGUGUGGAUUUUCAGUCUGUUCCACCUAUUAUUUAUCACCUGAUUCUGCUCGUGAAAGGAAAGCUCCCAGGUCGUGUUUUGCAGGCUGUCAUUGACUUCUUCAACAAGCAGGAGCAAAGCCUGGCCAGUAGAAAGGAAAAUGGCAAUUGUGAAAAUGACAGUAUUGAUAUUGACUCUGAAGUCAUUGAGGAAAGCAAGCACAGUGAACUAACAGAAGCCCAGGGUACAGUUAUACUCCAUGUGACUCACCAGGCCCAGUACAACCCAGCUCUUGUAAAGGAUUAUCUCAAGUUUGUCAAGACUUCUACUUGGCUAACGGAGAGACUGAUCACGCCCUUCAACUUGGCUCUUUCGCUGUCACUGGCAUCUAUUGAAAAAUACCAAGAUCAGAUCAUAGAAUCCCUGAAGUCGUGCCUGCUAAAGAGCUUCCGCCAACAAGAGAGAAGCAGGCAGUCACAGUGGUUGCGUGAGACAUGGGGAGACAACUGCAACAUUACCGCUGCCUUCAGAACGACCAUUGAUAACUGCAUCAUGGGCUGGGAUCAGGUGAGUCAGGGAUUAGUCCAGUUAGGAUUCAGCCUCCUUGAAUCUGGAGGUGGGCCAAAGGGAGAGACGUAUGCCAGCCAGCGAGCGGUCGAGUUAGCCUCGGUGAUUCUUCCCCUCAUCCUCAAGAAGCAACCUCACAUUGCUCGGACUGUUAUUUCACAACUCUCUAAUUUCAUUCUGUCAGCAUCCUCCCCUCUGCAGUAUAUAGAUAUUUUGGGGAAGCUGGCCAAAGUGUCUCCUCUGGUUAUGCUGGAACACUUGAAUCUAAUCCGAGAGUUGCUUGAAUACCUGGUGUUCCUCCCACUGCCCGUGGCAACGCAUCUUCUCCAUGCUCUUCUGCCUCUCCUCAAGAUGAGCAUGACACUGAAGGAUGCUCUCAUGAUUACACUGAGGAAAAUGCUUUUCUCCAAGCAGGUAGAAAGCAGACAAGUAGCUGUUCGAGGAUUUCUACAAUUUCUACGACACUUUAGAGUCAUGGGAACACUCCCUUCCUCCCAAGCAUCUAUGUCUUUCUCUUCAUCGCUUAGCACAGUGAGCAUAAAUGCUGAUGUUCACUCGGUGUUCAACAAUUCAACAAAUGAAGCCUUAUGCCUGGAACUGCUGGGAGUGCUGAGACGGUGCUUCUCUCAGCAGCAUGAGGUUAAAUCUACCUUUUACGCUGGACUGUAUGACGUAAGCCGUGCCAAUCCAAAGUUGACAGUAAGCAUUCUUGAACUCCUGCUCCAGCACAUCAAAAUAUUCCUUGAUAUGAGGGCGGACAUCUUUAAUCCCAUCAUCCUCAAAAAGCUGAUCUCAGUCCAGGGUGAAAAUGCAGUUCUCAUUGAGCCCAUGGGAGAUUUACUGGGGUCUUUGGGUGCCAUAAAGACAUACUAUGAAGAGAACAGAGAUAGGAUUACUACAGAGGAUGACGAUGAGGAGGAAAAUGCUGUAUCUAUUCUCAAUGAAGUAUGCUCCAUAUUUGAUCUCUUAACUGAAAAACUUGCUGGGUGUGGACUAGAUGAUCUUGGCUUUGACACCAAUGGGGAAUUUUCCAGCUCUAGUGCAGUUGGGCAGAAAAAUUUAAUUUCUGCUAAGAUAAUGAUAAGUGUUUUUGACUGCCUCAUUGAACAUAUUUUCACUCAUGGAGCAGAGACGUCAGAAGAGAAAAUGCAGACUCUGAUCUCCCUCUUCAAGUCUCAGAGGAAGAUUAUCACCCUGGUCAAGGAGAGGAGUGGAAAACCAGCAAAGAAAGGUGAGGGCUCCAAAGGGAAAGGCCGACCAGCGGCUAAACCCUCCGUGACCUUUAAGAGUAACCUGAGUUUACGGGCAACAGCAAAGAUGCUAGAGGUCUCCCUAAUAACUUUGGAGGAUGCUGAACCUAACUACUGUGAGUUGAUGAAGGAAAAUCAUGACUUUCAGAUGUAUCUUCUGUUAGUUAUAGAAGAGACUUUAUCCUCAGUGAAGGGCCUGACUGUGUCAGAACGGGAAAGAAUCUUAUCUGAACUAAAAACAGUUGCUAAGGUCUUGUUAUUUGAGUGCUCGGUGAACAUAGGAACUUCAGACUCAUCAGAUGACAGGGAGGUGACUAGAAUGAGGCAAAGUCUACAAAUAUUAUCAGCUCUACUGACUAUUUUUUGCAGAUUCUAUAAAGAUAAAUUGGAAUCUAUACUGAAAGAAGUGACUGGGAAGACUGACAAUAAGGAUUUGAAUGGGAAUCUAUAUAGAGUAUCUAAGAAAUGUCAAAAGAUGUUGCUGAAAAUUUUGCACCAUGAAGAAAGAGCCCCACUUUUAAAAGAUGGAUGUCUGAUAGUUCAUUUAAUGUCAACAGUGACACAGGCAAUGGAGCCUGAAUGUGAUGCCAUAUCAGAAGUGCAGGAUUGGGUUCUCCAGCUCUGUAAAGAUCAGGCAUUGGACCAUGGAGGGCUUGCAGAUUCCAUGGUUGGCCUGGCUUUUGUUCUGUCAAAUCAGGUCAAAGCCAACCACACACUAACAAGAGGCAUUGCUAGGGAAUUACACCAUAAACUUGGGGAUUUAGAACAAGAUGUGGAAGUUGAAGAAGCUGGUAAAUACAAGAUUGUUACUGAGGAAACCGCAUCAGCUGUUUUAACGACAUUGCUGUCCCACCUAGAUGAUUCUCUUAAUCUCACUGAGAUGGCACUUAACAAGACAAAAGCAUGUCUAGCCUCAGGAGCUGAAUAUGAUGCAGAUAAGAUUGAACGUCAGAUCAGCAUGAAGUUUGUUCUGGUAAUGCAUGCAGUCCAUGAAGUGAUCCAGUCAGCCUUACCACUUGGAACAAAUACUGAUCUUACCCUUAAGCUUGUUACUAAAUUUUACAAUGUACUGUCGUUGUAUGUAAAAUAUUACUUGGAUCUCUACAGAAUUAAGAGUUAUCCUCAGAUAUCAGAUAAAUUUGAAAAGGUUGUCCACAUGUCUGGACAACUGGUGACUGCUCCAGUCUACCCCACUAUCACCUACAUAGAAGGAGCACAAAGACAAAUGGGAAAGAAUAAAGAGGGAACUCUGAAAGCAAGAGCCAUAAAGGAGUACAAACUUAUACCUUCCCUGAUCUUUUCCAUUGAGCAAUAUGAGAAGCACCUCAUUACCCUCUCACGGAAGUCUAAAGUAAAUCUGAUGCAGGCGAUGAAGCUCAGCACUUCAAGGGAUUUCAGGAUUGUGCCAGCUGCAAUCAUGGAAGCCCUGAAGAAUGAUGACGAAGACCCCAACGACGAGACAGAAGUAGAAAUUAAUGGGGAUAAUGCCGACGAGGGUGACCAGAAUGAAGACAACGCUGGUGGGGCAAGCGGCAGCGAAAGGCAUUCGGGAUCAGAUGAUGAGGAUAAUACCCAGAUGGAAACAAAGGAUUUGCCCACCACGAAGAAAGACACGAAAGGAGCCAAAAAGAAGAGGGCCAGUAGUGAAAGUGAGGAAGAAAGAAAUGAAAAUGACUCUAAUUCACAGAACGUGAAAAAACCACAGGCCAAAAAAAAGAAGUUACUGAUCAGCAAAAAAAUAAUGGGUAAAUCAUAAUUGUAUUUCUGGGACAGGUAGAAAUGUAUGUAGUACAGGUUUGCUGAUAGUUUGACAAGACAGUAUGGUAUUUCACUGACAGUUAGAUAAGAUAGUUUGUUAUUUCUGUUAGUCAUUGAUUUUAGGAAUUCAUAAUUUCCCAAAAUUCCAAUAAGGAAAUAUAUCUAUUGUGUUUUCAUUACACAUUUUCACCAAUUAGCCAAUAUAGUGUUUAUUUUUUAUAAGGAUAAUGUUGAGAAAAUGUUUUUAUGUGUACUGUUAUAGAUACUGACAUAUGGAGCAAAACGUUUUUGUAUGUUUAUAACAAUUAUAUACAAAUUUU